AUGAAGCUCAGCUACGUUGCCUCCGUCCUCGUCCUUGCAGCGGGUGCCCUCGCAAAACUGCACGACGUCGCAGUAUGCGUAUCUAACCGAAAAAUCACUCAGUCUGGCGGUUCACCUUAUCACGGCGGGUACACUUGGGAAAAGUCGUACGAGAUUCUAGAGAAGGCGACCCAGUGCGCUUGCGACUAUUACAAACAGCGCAACACUGGAAACAACCAAUGGGAUCACUGUCCCGACUGUACUUUUGAUGGCACCUAUUGUCGCUCUGCAGGGUGGCACAUUGGUGGUAAUGAGAUGAACUACUAUUGCGAGCAGCUAUGCCACGCGCAGGGCUCCGAGGGAAGUUGA